AUGCAAACUGAUGUAGAGCUGAUCAAGAAGGAGCUGCAGAAGCCCGUUGGGCCGACGGUGGGAUUUUUGGGACAAUUCAUCUGCAUGCCCCUGGUUGCCUACACCGUAGCCCGUUUGGGAUAUCCGCAUGAACCGUUCUACCAACUGGGGGCGUUUGUAAUAGGCAUCUGCCCAGGCGGUUCGGGAAGUAACAUGUGGACGGUUCUGUUCCGGGGUGACUACAACCUCAGCAGCACCAUGACUUUCGUCUCCAACGUCGCUGCUAACGCCAUGAUGCCGCUGUGGCUGUACACCCUCGGCCUGACGCUCUCAGCAGGCAGCGAGGACAUCAGCAUUCCGUUCUCGGGUCUCCUGCGUGCUCUCGCGGCAAUGGUGAUUCCAUAUGCAGCCGGGAUACUUCUCCGACGGGCUCGUCCACACUGGAAGAAGCACUCCGAAGUAAUCCUGGUACCCCUCACCCUGUGCUCGGUGAUCUUUAUUGUAUCGGUGACGGUGUUUCUUAACUUGGAGUUGUUUCAACUUAUGGACUAUCGACACCUGCUGUUUCCGGCGGUGGUGGCAACCUCAGGGGCGCUGCUCGCAACUGGACUGGCGGUGGCUUUUCAACUGCCCAUGAAGCAGGUGGUCACCAUAGCUCUGGAAACUGCGAUUCAGAACGCCAGCAUUGGCGUGGUGUUGGUGGACGAAUCUCUGCCGUCGCCAGACGGUGACAUGGUGAAGGUGCCCAUCAUGGCUCAGUUUUUUCUGACCUUUAUCAUGUGUGCUGCCGCCCUCAUCGUGUUCGAAUCGGUCCGGCGCUGCCGACUUCGGUGCGCGAAGAACCGGGCACUCGGUGAGCAGACACUGGUGGGUCAGUUCAGGCACCAGGACGACCCGAAUGUCUUGCUGAACUCGGAGCUGGAAGAUCUCAAGCAGCCGCUGCAGCUGGAGGCGGCAUGAGUGACCGACAAGCCGAGACGGGUCCGCUC